AUGCUCUUCACAGAAUCCUCCUUCACCACAAUACCCGGAACCGUACCGUUUGCCGCUGUGGCCAAACCACCAUCUCCGUCUUUUGCCACCUCAGCUGGCUCGGCCUUCACCGAGCUCUCAGCUUUGAUCUUCGUGUUCCUUGCGUUGGGACCACCACCAGCAGCACCACUGCUGUUCUCCAGACGAGAGGCCGUGAAAUUGCGCAUGGAGUUGUCGUACUCUUCCUCCUCCUCCUCCUCGGACUCGUCGUCGGAGUCCGAAUCGUCGCCGGCGCCGCGGACGCUGAUGCUCUCCAGGUCGUCAUUGGAAGUCAGCGCGCCGUCGCGAGUGUCGGAGAACGCCGGAGGGAAGGGCGGCGCGUGGUCCUCCGGCGGGAGCUUGCGCUUGUGGAUCGACGACGAUGCGGAGGCCGACGCGGAGUGGGAGGGAGACGGCGACUGGGAGCUCCGCGAACGGACUGGCGCCGUCAGGUGUGCUGAGUGUCCGUCCAUUGUUAGGGUAACAUAA